AUCUCCCAGCUAUUUCAUUCAUAACACGGAGCACAAUAAACUUGAAGGGUAUGUGCCGGCGACAACUCACUUGAUUAAAUCUCAGGAUAACACACUCACACACACACACACACACACACACACAUACACACGGCCAAGAGCUCCUUACCUAACCGUACAAGUAAACAAAUCCAAGAAGUUUUCUCCAUCAAGAUGUCAAACUCGGGGGGUCGGAGACUGAAGCAGUGGCUGAUGGAGCAGAUCCAGAGUGGCCAAUACUCUGGAUUACAGUGGGAGGAUGAAAGCCGCACUAUGUUCCGAAUCCCAUGGAAACAUGCAGGGAAACAGGAUUAUAACCAAGAAAUAGACGCAUCCAUUUUUAAGGCCUGGGCUGUGUUUAAGGGCAAGUUUAAGGAGGGGGACAAAGCUGAGCCCGCUACAUGGAAGACCAGACUCCGCUGUGCCCUGAAUAAAAGUCCUGACUUUGAGGAGGUGACAGAGAGGUCGCAGCUGGACAUCUCUGAGCCCUAUAAAGUUUAUCGCAUUGUACCUGAGGAAGAGCAGAAGCAUGGUAAAACCUCAGUGAUGGCCCUGGCAGCUACCACUAGCUCUGGUGAUAUCACUGACUGCAGCCCUGCAGAAAUAGAAGAGCUCAUUAAAGAGGAAGAAGGCUGUAGCAUCCAGGCCAGUCCAGAGUAUUGGUCCCAAGGCAGCAUCAAUGCUUUCCCAGUGCAUCAGGACCCUUUGCCAUCAGGCACUAUCAGCUCAGCUUUCUCCCAGCUGAUGAUCAGUUUCUACUAUGGUGGAAAGCUGAUGCAGAACACACUGGUAACUCAUCCUGAAGGCUGCAGGAUUUCCCCACAACAGCACAUAGGUCGUGGCGCCCUCUACAGUUCAGACAGCAUGCAGAGCGUUCAUUUCCCCCCCGCCGAGCUCAUUGAGUACGACCGCCAGCGUCAGGUUACACGCAAGCUCCUGGGCCACCUGGAGAGAGGUGUGCUGGUCCGUGCCAACCAAGAGGGCAUCUUCAUCAAAAGGCUGUGCCAGAGCCGUGUCUUCUGGAGUGGGCUGGGAGAAGUGGGCUCACAGUACGGCCCCAUGCCUUCUAAACUCGAGAGGGAUGCUGUAGUCAAGAUUUUUGACACAGGAAGGUUUCUUCAAGCUCUGCAGCUGUACCAGGAGGGCCAGUUUCCUGCUCCUGAUCCGACAGUGACUCUGUGUUUUGGAGAGGAGCUCCAUGAUCUCAGCAAUGCCAAGAGCAAACUGGUUAUUGUGCAGAUCACUGUGGUGAACUGCCAGCACCUGCUGGAGGCAAUGAACAUGCGCCGCUCUCAGCCUUACUGCAACAACUCAAACCUUGACAUGUCUGACGACGUGGCCUCUGACCAGAUGGCCCGCAUCUACCAGGACUUGUGCAGCUACAGUGGACCCCAGAGGCCAGCCUGCUACAGGGACAACAUGCCUAUCACCGCCUGAACUGUGAGCAGUAAUUCACCUGACUAGAGUUCUUCAGCAUAUACAAAACAAAAUGUACAACAUAUUAGGGACACUCCUUAUGUUCCCGACACACACUGACAAGGUAAAUUCACAAAGACGCCGGUAUUACAAUUGGUUUUGACUCUAUAGCAGUCACAGAGGAGACACAGAGGAAGAGCAAAACUCUUCUAAGCUGCAGCUCAACAUUAGGAUGUCCCUAAUAUUUGUAUAUAAGCAAUGUUUAUAUUAAUAUGUGUGCACACAUAAACUAACACAAACUCUGUGUCUAACAUCUGCUUUAUUAUUACAAGAGAUUGUGGGAGAGAUAUCUCAGAUAUUACACACGAAGUGUUGGACAGUCCAAAGACUAGAUUCAUUCUGGUGACUUAAUUAAAAAAUCUUUUAUACCUUUUAUAAGACUUUUACUCAAAGCCCUGUAUGACAACAGUUUGUUAUAUGUAGGCAAUUUAGUUCUCACAACUGCAUUUUAGUUCAGCAUGCAUAAUCUUUUUUGUUUUUGUUUCUGUGGUUGAGUUGCUUCCUCAUGUGAUGACCAUUUGGAUGAGCAGAACAAAUGAACAUUUUGACAAGUAUUGUGUACUCAUGUAAAUAAUAGAUCUGUACAUGAGUUCAUAAAAACUGCAUGAAAUUGUGUAUGCAGUGUGGCAUUAUAUUACAGAUAGGUUUUACUAUCAGACUGUUUUAUUUGAUCUUUAUUUCAUAAUUUUUAUAAACUGCUUUUCUAAUAAAACAAAAUAUUUACUGAACAAUCA